UGCCGGUUGCUCGGGGUCGUACGACGCACUUUUCCACCUCGAGCUCUCGCGAGGCCGUGGGUACGACAGGAAGCCGCAGCAUGCUGAUCCCAUUUUCAGUGAAGAAUUGCUUCCAGUUACUUUGUAACUGCCAGGUCCCAGCAGCUGGCUUUAAAAAAACAGUAAAAAAUGGGCUCAUUUUACAGUCAAUUUCCAAUGAUGUCUAUCAAAAUCUGGCUGUGGAAGACUGGAUCCAUGACCAUAUGAAUCUAGAAGGCAAACCAAUUCUAUUCUUUUGGCGGAAUUCUCCCUCUAUUGUAAUUGGUAGGCAUCAAAAUCCUUGGCAGGAAUGUAACCUGAAUCUAAUGAGAGAAGAAGGUAUAAAACUGGCUCGGAGAAGAAGCGGAGGAGGAACAGUCUACCAUGAUAUGGGUAAUAUCAAUUUGACUUUCUUUACAACCAAAAAAAAGUAUGAUAGAAUGGAAAAUCUGAAAUUAAUUGUAAGAGCUCUGAAUGCUGUCCAACCCCAGCUGGAUGUGCAGGCUACCAAAAGAUUUGACCUUCUACUUGAUGGACAGUUUAAAAUCUCAGGAACAGCUUCUAAGAUCGGCCGGACUACUGCCUAUCACCAUUGCACUUUAUUAUGUAGUACUGAUGGGGCGUUCUUGUCUUCUUUGCUAAAGAGCCCUUACCAAGGGAUCAGGAGCCAUGCCACUGCUAGCAUACCUUCCUUAGUGAAAAAUCUUCUGGAAAAGGAUCCCACUCUGACCUGUGAAGUACUAAUGAAUGCUGUCGCUACAGAGUAUGCUGCUUAUCAUCAAAUUGAUAAUCACAUUCACCUAAUAAACCCAACGGAUGAGACACUGUUUCCUGGAAUAAAUAGCAAAGCCAAAGAACUGCAAACUUGGGAGUGGAUAUAUGGCAAAACUCCAAAGUUUAGUAUAAAUACUUCCUUUCAUGUGUUAUAUGAACAGUCACACUUGGAAAUUAAAGUAUUCAUAGACAUAAAGAAUGGAAGAAUUGAAACUUGUAAUAUUGAAGCACCUGAUCAUUGGUUGCCAUUGGAAAUACGUGACAAAUUAAAUUCAAGUCUUAUUGGCAGUAAGUUUUGCCCAACUGAAACUACCAUGCUAACAAAUAUAUUACUUAGAACAUGUCCACAAGACCACAAACUACACAGUAAAUGGAAUAUUCUCUGUGAAAAAAUUAAGGGAAUAAUGUGAUUCCAAGUAAAUGUCUUAAUACAGUUUCAAUUAGAAAAUAAAAUCUCAUACUUGCACAUUG